GGUCACGGAUUCCUCAUCCUGGGCCAACAGCCAAGAGCUGCGGCAGCCCCCAAACUCCAGUCCUUCUCCCGCCCUGCAAGCGACCCCGCCUCCUCGGCCUUUGUGACGUCACAGCGGCCAGGAGAAUGGUUGCCUUGGCGAUGUAAACUCAGGCCCCAGAAGUGCAGAUUGGAGAACAGUGGCACUAAGGAUUCGGAGCUAACCAGGGUGCGCGAGGCCGGCGAGGCUCUCCUUCAGCAGUUGUCAAGCUUUGAGUUGACCCGUUGGUCCCCAGCCAUGAUGUCCAAGAUAUCAUCCACUCGGGACUCCAACAAUGUAACCUAUGACAGGAAGAGUCUGGAAUCCAGGAACAGUUCUUCUUCAGUCCUUGAAAAAUUGGAGAAAAGUGCAAAAACAGGCAAAGGGCAUGUGAGCAGUCCAGAUAGUUCAGCUAAUCCUUUCCAUGUGUCUGGAGAUGUGGAUAUCUUCUUGUUCAGAGAUCAGGAGCGGAAUAAGGCUAUCUCAGAGAGAGAGAGGAAGAAGAAGAUGCGGGUGUAUGAGAAAAUGACAUAUGCCUCCAAGAUGUCCGCCAAGAACAGCAGCCUACGGCAGGAGCUGCAGCUCGAAGAGGAGAUGGAUGACCAGGCGCUGCUGGCUGAGGUCAAGCAGCUGCGCACCUUUGGUGAUAAAGCGGCCUGGAAGCUGAUCAUGACCAAAGAAAAGAAAUUGGAGCCUGAUUCGAUAAACAAGUACAUUGACCAGAAUCGAAAGAUGUUUCUCAUCCAGUAUUCCCUGGAUAUGAAACGCAGUGAGAUCCAGCGGCUAGAGAUGCUGGCAACCUGGGAGGAGACCAAGCUGGAGCAGGCUGAGAAGUCUCUGGAGAAGGAUGCAGCCUUGUUCGAUGAGUUCCUCUGGGAGAAUGAUCGCAGCUCAGUGCAGGCCAUGAGACUGGCUGAAAAGGAGACCAAAGCCAAAGUGGAGAAGAUCAUGGAGAUCCAGGACCUCACCACUCAGAUUGUGAAUAUCAAAAGUGAAAUCUCCAAACAGGAAGACACUCUACAGCAUUACAGAAUCUAUAAGGAUUUCCUGUACAAGCUGUCUCCCAAGGAGUGGCUGGAUGAACAGGAGAAGAAGCGCUUGGCUCACAAAAAGGCCAAGGAGGUUGCUGAGACCCUCAAAGAGGGGAGUGUGUCCUCCAUACUAGUGGACAAAGGACCAGGGAACAAGGGCAAGAUGGUCUCUCUGUGGGCCAGAGAGGCUCGGGGCUUGAAGAAGCCCUGGAAGCUUCUGCAGGCAGUGAGGCUGGGGCAGGUCCCAUCCAGCAGCAUCAGCCUCCAGCCUACCAGUCAGCCCAGCAUGCCUAGCAGGUUGGACUCCAAAGGGUCAAGCUCUACCCUCCCAUCCCUCCAGUCUCAGGAAGACACUGACAGUGAAGGAGAGGACCUGCCACUGUAUUUUAUGGAGCCCCAGCAGCUCCUGGAUGUCUUCACAGAGUUGGAAGAGCAAAACCUGUCACUGAUCCAGAACACGCAGGAGAUGGAAGAGACCUUGGAUGAGCUGAAACUCACCCUGAAAAACACACAGACCCGAAUGGACAGGGAAGUCAACCAGCUAAAGCAGUGGAUCACCACACUGAUGAUGUCCAUUACCAAGGAGGAGGACACUGCUGCUGAGCUGGAGCUCAAAUCCCGAGUCUUCCACUUUGGGGAGUACAAGGGCGAUCAGCAGGAUAAGCUGUUGGAGAGCCUGAGCUACAAGGUGCAGGAUGUGUACCGGCACUGUGUGGGCACCCAGCAGGAAGCCAACUUGGGCACCGUGCAGAUGCUGACCAUUAUCGAGCACCAGCUGGAUGAGCUGCUUGAGAACCUGGAGCGUGUUCCCCCAGCCAAGAUUGAGCAGGCUGAGAAGGCCAAGGAGAAAGAAAGGCGCAUGAGGCUUCGGGAAGAGAAAGUCCAGUUGCAAAGGAUGUUGCAGGAGGAGCGACUGCAGCGGGCUCAGACCAGGGCCCAGGCUGAGGUCAAGAAAAAGAGAGGCAGAAAACUGGUGUGCCGCUCCCACCCUCCAGCUCCCAAAGUAAAGGACACCUCUGAUCACACGCUGAUGGACAAGGAUGAGGAGGAGCAGCUGUUCUUCUUCACUUAGCAUUUACCAGGCCACAGCUGGCCUGGCUGAGUGCAGAAGAGGUCAACAGCUGAAGCAGGCUGGACCUGAAGGGACCCUGCCUCUGCCCUAGUCUCUCCUA